AUGAGACAUGCUACCUCUGAGCGCGAUAAUGCCGAGGAAAAGCUCGAGAACAUUGUCAAGGCCAAAAGUGACCGCCAAAAAGCGAUCAAGUACGAAGAGCUAGAGACAGUGCGCAAAGGACACCGAGAUAUGAUUUCUGUCCUUGAUCGAGAUAAAUCAGAGGUUGAGGCCCGUCUUUUAGAGCUCAACGACAAGAUCCGUCCGCUUGAAAGAGAGGAAGCAAAGCGGUCUGAGGCCCUCGACGUUGUGAGACGAGAACAGAAGGAGAACGACAAGGCUAUGGCAAAGGUCGAGGAUAAGGCGGCUAUCAUUGGCGGGCUCAAGGACCUGUUGUAUCUGGGAGUCGAUGGGAUUGCAGAGUGGAGCGCUGAGCGGUGA